AAGCUGUCAAGGCUACAACAUUUCAAUGCGAACGCAUUGGUUCAAUUGGCGCUCGUCUUGCAACCAACAAAAGGUCUUAUCAGGCCCUUCAGUCUCGCGUGUACGAACUAUUCUUAACUCCGUAAUCCGCUUAUAUAUCUAUUUAGGUCGUUGCCUUUGAAAUAUUUGAUUCAGAGUGCCGCGCUGGCUUGGUUGUUCGAAUGAGCUCGAGGAGAGGUACUCCGUACUUAGUAUGAUGGCUAUAGCUCGAAGAUAAGGUGACCAUGUCAGAGAGGAAUCAGUCGUCAAGCUCGUUGGUCUAUAACUAUAGGGUUCAGUCAGUAUGGCAAAGCAGAGCACCCUCGCAAAUCCUUUGCGGCACCAUUCUCCACACGACCUGCGAUGUCGUGUCGCAUCGACCUACAAGUACUACAAACAAUUUAUGGUCGGCUCACCAGACGGUUCCGGGAGCAUUAUAUAUAUAUUUAUAUUUUAGAUGCCCGAAUUUGGCUUACAUACAGACUCUACACCGUAGGCAUAUGGCAAGGGUUCAUCCCCCGAAAGUGAGGAAACCUCCUCGUGCAGUGAACCUCGGCAUCGGGAAAGGGCAGAACGAGCGGGCGGUGCCGAGCUUCGGACGGCCUCGUUGUCUUCCUCCCCGGACUUUCUCCAGCUUCCCGCCAGCCAUUAUCUUGCUGCACCACUAUCCAAGCUCGGGGCUGUCUCACCAGGGGACUGUUUGUCUCAAUUGUGGCUCCUUUGAAGUAUGCUGAGGUGACUGGAUUCUUCUCAUCCUUCAAUUCACGACCUUCGAUUCUUUCCCCUCCCGCCCCUCUCCCGGUCGCUCCCCCGCUCCAAUUGAACCCACCUGCGCCAUCAUCAUGGAUUACGACCACCACGA